AAAUUUCAAACGCUCAUAAACGACUCUGUCUCCCUCCACUCCACUCCAGACCACCACAAACACAGAUUACAGUAGAGAGACGAAGCUUUUUCAGAGAGAUAUGAGAACCAAGCAUCCAGCUGCUAGGAAUCACAGAAAAUCCCCUCGCCCCUCUCUUGGAUCCAUCUCACCUGCAACCACUCCGAAGAAGGCAGCUCGCACAAAGGAAAGAAGAUCAGAACCAGAUGCUCCAGAAACAUCGACGGCAACAAGAUCUCAAGAACCAGAACAGGUGAGGAAGAAGCGUCGUUACAAGCCUGGAACAGUGGCUCUUCGGGAGAUUCGACAUUUCCAGAAGACUUGGACACUGCUAAUUCCUGCUGCUCCCUUCAUUAGAACAGUGAGGGAGAUCAGCAACCAAUUUGCUCCAGAAGUCACACGUUGGCAGGCCGAAGCUUUAGUAGCACUUCAGGAGGCAGCAGAAGACUUUUUGGUUCACUUAUUUGAAGAUUCGAUGCUAUGUGCAAUUCAUGCAAAGCGUGUAACUCUUAUGAAGAAGGAUUUUGAGUUGGCACGUCGACUUGGAGGGAAAGGGAGGCCUUGGUGAGAUUCACUAUUAACUUGUACCGUUUUAGUGUCCAUAGUAUUGUAGCAUGAGAAAUAGGGUUUACCAAUUGAAACUUGUUAGAUUCUUCCCCUUGAUUUGAUAUUUUCCAGUAUGUAAUUUGUGGAAGAGGGUAUGAUGCAAGAUUAUUUUCAGAUUUCAUACUCUAUCUUUCCUUGAAUGAA